AUGUCACAAAUUCCCUUCGAAGAUUUUACUAAAUCGUUUCAAAAAUCAUUUGAACACGAAUCUUGUAUUGUAGUUGAGUUAAAAAGUUCAAAUUUACAUUUACAAAAUGGUGGUUUAUCGUCUUCAUCAUCACAAAAUAUAACGAAUGAUUUUCAUCAUAAUCAAAUUGUUUGUCAACCACAUUUUACGGAUACAUCGUAUGAAAUUGCAUUCUAUGAUAAUGGUAAUGCCUAUUAUGAAAAACUAACGGAACAAGAUAUAUUAAAACGUUUAAAAGUAUUAAAUCCAAAAAUUGAAUUUAAAAAUAUUAAAUCAGCUCUCGAUCGAAUACAUACAAUGUUAAGUGAAUCAACACAACAACGAGAUAAAAAUGAAAUACAUCUGUAUUUAUCAACAGCACUCGUACCAAAUUUAUUAGUCGAAUUAAAAGGAUAUAUUAAAGAUAAUUAUUCAUUUAUGUACGAAUUUAAUUGUGAGUUUUAUGAACAAAAUUAUGUCAAACAAAUUAUUCUGGCAUUGGGUGAACGAGAAAAACGUGAAUUAGAAUUAAUUCGUAUAAUACAAGCUAAAGAUAAGGAGUUAGAGGAUUAUCGAUCACAAGGCACUUGUCAAUUGCAACGUUCAUGGUUACAAACCCAAUCAUUUAACAAAGAACAAUUUAAUCGUGCAACACGUUUAAAUCGUGAAAGUGAAUCAGUUGUAAGAAAUCCUCUUGAAUAUGCGUUCAAUAAAGAUGGACAAGAUUUAGUUGAAUGUUGUCUAUUACGAAGUGAAUAUUUGAAAGGAAAUAAUGAUUAUCUUGUUCAAAGUGGACAACAAAAGUCAGGACAGCAAAUAUCACCUUUAAAGAAAACACCACAAAAACGAACACAACCACAAGUUAAAGAAGAUUUAGAAGAUUUAAUUGAAGAAGAACGUCGACGAAAGGAAUUGGAAAAACAAUUGGAACAUCAAAAACAGUUGGAUGCGGAAGCGGCUAAGAAAAAAAAGAAAAAGUUGUUUUAA